GAUUCAUCAGCAGCUGCCGCUAAGAUGCUGCGCGCAGCCCCGAUGUAGCGCUUGAGCGCCGGUUCUCUCGCCGCACCCCCGGCCCGGAGACGUCCCUUCCCCUUUGGGCGCCGCGGGAAAAAGCAGGCAAGAUGGAAGAAAUCCUGAGGAAGCUGCAGAAGGAAGCGUCGGGGAGCAAAUACAAGGCGAUCAAGGAGAGUUGCACCUGGGCCAGCGAAACAUUAGAAACUUUAGAUGCUACUACCAAGAUCCCUCCUUAUCAGUUAAGGGAGAAGUGCCUCCUUCCGCUGCAACUUGCUUUGGAGAGCAAGAAUAUGAAACUGGCACAGCAAGCUCUAGCAGGGAUGCAGAAGCUGCUAUCUGAUGAGCGAUUUGUAUCCAUGGAAACUGACUCUGAUGACAAGCAGUUGCUUAAUCAAAUGCUGAAUGCAGUCAGAGUGACUCCAUCUCUCAAUGAAGACCUGCAGGUAGAAGUGAUGAAGGUACUGCUCUGCAUAACAUACACUCCAACAUUUGUGUUGAACGGAAGUUCAGUACUUAAGAUUGCUGAAGUUUGUAUUGAAACUUAUAUUUCCAGUUAUCACCAGCGGAGUAUUAAUACAGCUGUACGGGCAACCCUCAGCCAGAUGUUAAGUGAUUUGAUUUUACAAUUACGGCAAAAGCAAGAAAAUACAAUGACUGAAAGCCAAGGAGUUCUUCAAGGUUUCAAGAAUUCAGAUUCCACCACUGAGUCAUUCUGUGAUGAUGUUGUCUCUGUCUUCAUGGUCCUCUGUGAAAAACUUCAGACAGCCAUCAGUGAGAAUCAGCAGUUGCAGCUUCUCUACCUGGAAUGCAUUCUUUCUAUGCUGAAUAGCUUCUCUGCUAGCAUGCACCACCAUAAAGGAUUUACUGACCUCAUCUGGAAGCAGCUGUGUCCAGCCCUGAUAGUCAUCUUGGGCAAUCCGAUUCAUGACAAAACUAUCACAUCUGCUCACAGCCACACUGGUCAUGAAGCCGAUUCUCCUUCUUCCGGAGUCUCUGACCACGGCCGAGGCUCGGGCUGCUCUACAACUGCCCCUGCCCUUAGUAGUCCUGUUGCACGGACUAUCUAUUACAUUGCAGCAGAGCUUGUUCGGUUAGUGGGCUCACUGGAGUCUAUGAAGCCUGUUCUACAAUCUCUCUACCAUCGGAUGCUUCUGUAUCCCCCACCCCAACACAGAGUAGAAGCUAUCAAGAUCAUGAAAGAGAUACUUGGAAGCCCUCGGCGGCUUUGUGAUUUAGCAGGUCCCUGCUCCAUAGAACCAGAAUCAAGAAAAAGAUCCAUUUCAAAAAGAAAAUACCACCUGGACCUCCUUAAACUAAUCUUGGAUGGGAUGACUGAAGCCUGCAUAAAAGGUGGUAUCGAAGCCUGUUAUGCCUCGGUGUCCUGUGUCUGUGCCCUGCUUGGGACUCUGGAUGAGCUAAGUCAAGGAAAGGGCCUUGAUCAGGAGCAAGUCCAUCUGCUUCUCCGACGGUUAGACGAGUUAAAAGAGGGGGCCGAGACCAGCAGAGAUUCCAUGGAGAUCAACGAGUCUGAUUUUAGGUGGCAAAGACGUAUCCUAUCAUCGGAACAUGCCCCCUGGGAGGCAGGCCACGAAAAGAGUCCUGACAUUAGUAUUAGUGUUACCACAGAUACUGGCCAGACCACCCUUGAAGGAGAUAUGGGACAGACGACACCAGAUGAUCAUUCUGAAAUUCGUAAGAAUUCUUUGCAAUCCCCAGCUGGACCAGUAGGCAAGGACAUUCAUCCUAAAGAGCCAGAAUCAGAAACAGUUGACCAGCCGGAUGUAGUUCAACGGAGCCAUAACGUUGUCUAUCCAGAUAUAACUAAUUUCCUUUCUGUUGAUUGCAAGGCCCGUUCGUGUGGAUCUAGAUACAGCGAGAGUAAUUUCAGUGUUGAAGACCAGGAUCUUUCCAGAACUGAAUUUGAUUCGUGUGACCAAUAUUCUAUGGCAGCAGAAAAAGAUUCUGGGAGAUCAGAUGUGUCAGAUAUAGGUUCAGAUAACUGUUCUUUAGCUGAUGAAGAACAGACGCCACGAGAUUGUCCCGGUCACAAGUCUUUACGAACUGCUGCUCUUUCCUUGAAGCUACUUAGGAACCAGGAAGCAGAUCAGCAGAGUGCCAGAUUGUUUAUUCAGGCUCUUGAAACUCUCCUUCCUCAUCUUAUAGCACUUUCUACAGUAGAAGAGGUGGAUUUGGCUCUCCAGAACUUUUCUUCAACUUUUUGUUCAGGUAUGAUGCAUUCUCCAGGAAUUGAAGGGAGUGCCAACUUUAACUUCCAAAACCUGAUGAACGCAGAUAGCCUCUAUGCAAUCUCUCACUACACACUCCUGCUCAACCUGAAGAUGUCAAAUGCAGAAUACUAUCGGAAGAAACCAGCUCAGUCCCCUGUAUUACUGGUGAGGUCAAAGCCUGCCUUGACCCUUACAGUGGUGAACAUGUUGCACUUGGCCACAUCCUGUUCUAUAAAUCUACAGUUCAACAUCGAUGGCUUGGGAAGCAGUGCAAUAGGCGGGCAGCUGAUGGCUUCGGCUUCCAAACAAUCUCCUCUAUCCCAGACCUGGAAACCAGACGAUGCGUUGAUGGCAGGAGUUGCUUUUGCACGACACCUUCUAAUUGGUUGCUGGAAGAAUUUGAUUGAUACCUUAUCAACACCUCUGACUGGCCGCAUGGCAGGGAGCUCCAAAGGAUUAGCAUUCAUUCUUGGGGCUGAAGGCAUCAAGGAGCAGAAUCAAAAGGAGAAAGAUGCCAUCUGCAUGAGUCUAGAUGGACUAAGGAAAGCAGCUCGGCUCAGUUGUGCUUUAGGUAUUGCUGCUAAUUGUGCAUCAGCCCUUGCUCAGAUGGCAGCCGCCUCGUGUGUUCAAGAGGAGAAAGAAGAGAGAGAUGCACAAGAGCCCAGCGAUGCCAUUGCUCAAGUAAAACAGAAAGUGGAGCAAAAACUGGAGCAGAUGGGGAAGGCGCACGGUGUCUGCCUCCACACCGCUCAUGUUUUAUGCAUGGAUGCUGUUCUUGCUGUGGGAUUGGAGAUGGGAAGCCACAAUCCAGACUGUUGGCCUCAUGUAUUCAGAGUAUGGGAAUACAUCAGCACUCUGGAACAUGUCCAUUUCAGUGAUGGCGCUUCUCAGCCACCUGUAACUAUCACCCAAGCCCAACAGGGGGCAGUGGCCCUUCAAAGUGAAGUUCAGGCUACAGACUCUCCCCAGGAACUGAUUCUGGAGCAAGAGGCAGCCCUGAAGAACAAUCCUGUCAUCCAACGAGUAUCCAUUCAAGAUCUUAUCAAAGAAGGCAGUAAGGGAAGAGCUUUUGAUUUUCGUGGAGGUAGCUUAAUGACUGGGAGCAGUGCUGCCAAGGCUAUUCUCACCCUCUCUAAUCAAGCUGACAGGCUUUUUGAAGAUGCUGUUGACAAACUGAAUCUGAUGGCUUUGGGAGGUUUCCUGUACCAGCUAAAAAAGGCCUCCCAGUCCCAACUCUUCCAGUCAGUUACAGACACACUCGAUUACUCUUUGGCCAUGCCAGGAGAAAUAAAAUCCACUCAAGAAAGAAGAAGUGCCCUUCACUUGUUCCGUCUAGGAGGAGCCAUGCUCCGAAUUGUGAGGAGUAGAAGCCGGCCUUUGCUCCAUCUUACGCGCUGUUGGCAUCUAGUGGCUCCUCACUUAGUGGAAGCUGCCUGCCAUAAAGAAACGCAUGUUUCUCGGAAGGCUGUUUCUUUUAUCCAUGACAUCCUAACAGAGGUUCUGACAGUCUGGAAUGAACCGCCUCAUUUUCACUUCAACGAGGCACUUUUCCGUCCCUUUGAGCGCAUCAUGCAGCUUGAACUUUGUGAUGAGGACAUUCAGGACCAGGUAGUCACCUCUAUAGGAGAGCUGGUGGAAGUUUGCUCAACUCGAAUUCAAUCAGGCUGGAGACCAUUAUUCAGUGCUUUAGAAACCGUACGCAGCAGCAGCAGCAAGUCAGAAGUUAAAGAGUACCUUGUUGGAGAAUAUUUGAUGGGAAAAUGUCAGGCUCCAGUCUUUGAUGUCUUCGAAGCUUUUCUAAAUACCGAUAACAUCCAAGUCUUUGCAAAUGCAGCCACCAGUUACAUCAUAUGUCUUAUGAAGUUUGUCAAAGGAUUGGGGGAAGCAGACUGCAAGGAUAUUGGUGACUGUACAUCAGGAUACCUAUCUACAGAUUUGUGCCUUCCUGCUCUUGAUUAUCUCAGGAAGUGUUCCCAGCUACUUGCCAAAAUCUACAAAAUGCCCUUGAAGCCUAUUUUUCUCAGUGGAAAAUUUGCUAACUUACCCCAAAGGAUCCAGGAACAAUCUGCGAGCAGCGAGGAUGGCGUUGAAUGUGUCCUUUCUGAGUUUGACGAUAACACAGGCCUUAUUAAUGUCUGGAUCAUUCUGCUAGAAGAGCUAACAACUGCCAUAUCUAAUUGUCCCCGACAACACCAGCCUCCUACUCUGGAUUUGCUCUUUGAACUGCUAAGAGAUGUUACCAAAACACCAGGCCCAGGAUUUGGUAUUUAUGCAGUUGUACACCUCCUGCUCCCUACAAUGUCUCUUUGGCUUCAUCGCAGCCACAGUGAUCAUUCUUACUGGGAUGGGGCAUCCGCUAAUUUCAAGCAUGCCAUUGGCCUUUCCUGCGAAUUAGUGGUGGAGCACAUUCAAAGUUUCAUACAUUCAGAUGUUGGCUAUGAAAAUAUGAUCAACACAAUGCUCAAAGAUCUUUUCAAGUUACUUGUAGCUUGUGUGGCGGAAACCACAGAGACCAUCUCUAGAGUCGGGUGCUCUUGUAUCAGAUAUGUACUUGUGACAGCUGGUCCUGUUUUUACUGAAGAAAUGUGGCGUCUAGCAUGUUGUGCCUUAGAGGAUGCUUUUUCAGCUACUCUUGAACCAGUGAAGAAUCUGUUGGGCUAUUUCCACAGUGGCUCUGAAAAUCUGAGCAGUGAUGCCUGUGAGGUGAAAAUGGCAGCUCCUUCCCUCUCCCCUAGUGCCGAAGCUGAAUACUGGAGAAUAAGAGCGAUGGCCCAACAAGUGUUCAUGUUGGAUACCCAGUGCUCCCCAAAGACACCCAAUAACAAGGAAGGGUUUGAGCAUGCUCAGUCUUGUGUGCUUAUUAUUGAGCUGCCUCCUGAUAAGAAGUCCAAUGGCCAUUCGCAAAAAAGUAUCCCUUUCAGAACAAUUGUAGUGAGCCUGCUUUCCCACCAAGUGCUGCUGCAGAAUUUGUACGAUAUUUUAUUGGAAGAAUUUGUGAAAGGCCCGUCACAAGCUGAAGAGAAGGUAAUACACCAGUUGCCAGAAACCAAACUCACUGGUUUCCUCAGGUACAUUUCUAUGCAGAACUUGGCAGUCAUCUUUGAUUUACUACUGGACUCCUACCGAACAGCCAGAGAGUUUGAUACAAGGACUGGGCUGAAAUGCUUGCUCAAAAAGGUAUCUGGCAUUGGUGGGGCUGCCAACUUGUACCGCCAGUCGGCCAUGAGCUUCAAUAUCUACUUCCAUGCCCUGAUCUGUGCUAUUGUGACCAAUCAGGAAAAUAUCACUGCAGAGCAGGUGAAGAAAAUCCUUUAUGAAGAUGAUGAAAGGAGCACUGAUUCAUCCCAACAAUGCUCUUCAGAAGAUGAAGACAUUUUUGAAGAGACUGCUCAAGUCAGCCCACCAAGGGGGAAAGAGAAGAGGCAAUGGAGGGCCAGGUUGCCAUCUUUGAGUGUUCAACCGGUGAGCAAUGCAGACUGGGCUUGGCUCAUCAAAAGGCUUCACAAACUCUGCAUGGAGUUAUGUAACAACUACAUUCAGAUGCAUUUGGAUUUGGAAAAUAGUGCUGAUGAGCUCCCUGUCUUCAGAGGAGACCCUUUCUUCAUCCUUCCAUCCUUUCAAUCAGAAACAUCCACACCAUCUACAGGAGGCCUUUCCGGAAAAAACACCCCUUCAGAAGAUGAUAGAAGCCAGAUUAGGGACUCACUCGCCGAAAACCUCACUCCUAAGGGAAGUACGGAUAUUCUGCUUCUUCCACCUUCGAGCCCCAAAAUGGAGAAGAAAGACCAAGGCAGGAAAAAAGAAUGGUGGGAGAGUGCUAGCAACAAAAUUUACACCAUAGCAACAGAUAAAACCCUCUCAAAACUAAUGACGGAAUAUAAAAAAAGAAAACAACAGCAGCAUAACUUGGCUAAUUUCUCCAAGGAGAUGAAAGCUGACAAGAAAGGGGAUCCACUUGGUACAAGAGGGCCAGAUUCACCUCUCCCCCAAAGGCCACAAAAUCUGAUUGAUCAAGGCCAGAUGAGGCACUCCUUUAGUGCAGGACCAGAGAUUCUGAGGCAAGAAAAAAGGCCACGCUCCGGGUCGACUGCCAGCUCACUCAGUAUAUCGGUCCGGGAUGGGGAGGCACAAAUACAGGCAUGGACCAACAUGGUUCUGACAGUUCUUAAUCAGAUUCAAUCCUUACCAGACCAGAUCUUCAUCGCCCUUCAACCAGCAGUAUUUCCCUGCAUUAGUCAAUUGACUUGCCAUGUGACAGAUAUUCGGGUUCGUCAGGCUCUGAGAGAAUGGCUAGGAAGAGUGGGCAGGGUUUAUGACAUCAUUGUGUAGAAGACUUUAGUUGCCUUAUCAAAGAGAGACUGAAUCUAACAUAUUUCAAGAAACAGAUAUAAAGUGCAUUCGUUGAAAACUUGUCUAUUAAAAAAAAAAAAGGUAGAACGAUGUACAUCUGCCCAUUUGCUAGUCAGUAAUAACUAGCAAGCUCUGUCCCAUGCUAUUAAAACUUAAGAGCACAGUGUAGUCAUACUCAUGACCCCAGAUAAAGUAAAAUAGCAGAAUAUGAUAGAAGGAGCCUUUGUAUUAAAUUUGAAAUAGGUAUUCAGACAGGCUGAUAUUCAGAUAGGCUAACAGGCCCAGUAUGUUUGAUACUGCAUAUUUUCUAAAGAACAAAAAAAAAGAAUGUCUCUUUCACAGGAAGGUAGCAAAGAGGAUUAUGGAGCAAGGAAAAUAGCAUGGAAUGGACACAGUCGUAGAAUAGACUUUGUCGAGAUUGACCAUUGAGAAUGUAAUGAUUGUGGAGAUGUCUUUAAUAUAGAUUUCUGUUACGUCUUAAAUGAGGCAUCCGAUCCUUAAGUCAUCUAAAUUUAAAACAAUAGUCGUGCCAAGGAACAGAGGAGCCCUUUUAUUCUAACCUUUUUAAAAAAAUUGGCAAUGAAAACUAGGUCUUCAAACUUAGGAAGUGAUUAUAUUUCAAUGUGAUUGUAACAGGUUUUCAGACAAAAAUACUUACCAUCUUGGAGGUACUGUAGGUGCCAUGAAUUAUUUCAUAUUGCUAUAAGGUGCCUAUCCAGAAAUUGGUAGACUUGUCCAAUGCUCAGUUGAGAAAUGAGUUUAAGCCUUUUUUCUCAUUUUGAUGCAGACCCAAGACCAAAUAUAUAUUUUCUAUGUUCUGUAAAUUACUUAGGUUUUUCUGAUUCUAUAUCUUUGCUCAUCUCUUCACUGGAUGUUAACAAACGCUGUAAAAUGUAUCCCAGGUUUUCUGUUUUCAGGCUUUUCAUUUUGUAUUGCCUGGCUUCCCUGACAGGACAAAAGAAUCUGAAAAUUAGGCAUAUGAAUAGAAUAUGUAGAGUUAUCAAAUUUUUGCCCUUACAACAAAUCUGUAAAAUAGAUUAUUCUCAGAUAUUAUUUACUGACCUUUAUGGUUUUAAGGCCAAGCAGAAAUAUAAUUCACUCAUCAUUUUUUUUCUUAAGGCAAGCUGGGUGACAUCCAGAGCUGAAUAUAAAGAAAUGUAAGAAAUAUUACAUUAAUUAUGGGA